GAAAAAAGAGGUAAACUAUUGAAACCAUAUUUUGAUGUUAUCACUUCUGUUAAGCACGAAGAAAUCGAGACAGUCCAAGAAGCACCUAAAGAGAAGAUACCGAACCUUUCUCAUGGUUUAGAAAGAGUUUUAUUUUCUCCAGGUGUUCAUUUUUUACAAGAUCCUAGAACCAAAGUGUUCAAUUUUCUGCCAUAUCUAAAGAAGAUAGUAGAUCGUAAAGAUUUUGAUUUUGAUAGUCUUCCACCUUUCCAGCCUGUAUCAAAGCAUUCAAAGUCGCUAGAAUUGGCAAUAGAGUCCAAAUCCAAAUAUUAUUCUUCCACUUCAGCAAUGACUGGUAUUCUUUCUAAAUUUUACUUUUUAUUGAAUAAUUAUGACGGAUCAUCAGCCAAAUUUGGGAAUGGAAAUAAUUUGACUGCGAUGGAUGGAUAUUCUUCAACAUCACCAAUUAGUUUAAUCGUUUCCCCAGAAGGAUCAGCCGUUAUUGAAGAUCCUAAAACUUCAAAACCGAAGGAACAUUUUAUCUAUUCUAUUUCCUCAGAUAAUUCAUUUGAUGUUGAGAUAUUGUUGUCAGUGAUGGGUAACUGUUUAGAAGCACUAUUGACAAAUGACCCAGAGAGAUUUGAGAAAUUUAAAAAAUCCUACGUUAGAGUUUUGAACGGAAGGGACGAAGAAGAAGAAGAGUUGGAGUUAGAAAACGUUUAUAAUUAUGCCAAAUAUGGAUCAUUUUUAAUGAGAUCACAGAUAGAUUGUUAUGACGAGAGAUUACCAAAGGGUACGUUUGAUAUUAAGACUAGAGCCGUAUGUGCCAUUAGAUUUGAUUACAAUAAUCCUGAGGUUGAGAAUAAUAAGUAUCAAAUUUGGAAAUUAAAUGGUGAAUUUGAAUCCUUUGAACGAGAAUUUAAAGAUCUAAUUAAGUCUGGAGCAUUAUUAAAAUAUUUAUUCCAAGCAAGAAUAGGACAAAUGGAUGGUAUUUUCGUGUCAUAUCAUAAUCUUAAUUCAUUUUUUGGAUUCCAAUAUUUUUCAUUAGAAGAAUUGGAUGCCAUAUUUUAUUCUGAUAAAAUUGACAAAAGUGGUAAAAUAGGGUCUGUUGACGAGGAAGCAUUAGUAAAAUUUGUACAAAAUGAAGGUAAAGACUGUGAUUUGUUAAAGUUGAAUGAUAAUUUACCUAGUUAUAUUGGAGAGACGCAGUUUAAAAUUUCAAUGAAAAUAUGGGAAGCUUUAUUGGACAGAAUUCAUGAUGAUACAAAGCAUUAUGAAAAAAAUAGACCAUUUCGAUUAGUGGUCAAUGCGGUAAAAGAAGAAGACACUUCUCUGAAUGAUAGCAGUGUAUUUUUGGAAGCUCACGUUGUAAUGAUAACUCCAUACGAAAAGCUAAAACUUGAGGAAUUUCCUAGUAGAUUUAAGACUAGUAUUCGAGAAGAUAUAACUCGUGAACAGAGAUAUAAGAACAUGCUUGAUCAUGUUGAUAAGUUAAAUGAAUUUAACAAAAUUAUCUUAUCAAAUCUCCACGUUAGAAAAUAUUAUAUUAAGAUUGUUCAUCCUGUUAUUAACAAUGAGCCAGCAGCAUACCUCAACAACGGUGAGUAUUACGAUAAAUAUACUUCUAUAGAUGAUGAAUUUGGGGUCAAAUUUAUGAUACGGAAAGUAACAAAAAAGGAAUUGAGAAGAAAGAAGAUUAGCUCUAGCAUUAACAGACUCUUAAGAAAACUUGCCAGGAAUGUAACAAUUAAAGAUAUAUCAGCUUUUGAAGUCUUUGAUACAGCUCCUGAAGGAAAAGUAAAACUAAAAAGACAAGAUACCCGUAAGUUAACUGAAGUAGAAGUGAUGAGAGCAUAUUCUAAGAUAGGA